UUCCCUUUGGGCCUUCGAACUUCGCUGAAGGGCUGGUGGGGAUGAAUAUCUUUGGAUUCGUCUUUUAAAUUUAUUCUAACGUCGCUGGCUUAUCUCGAGUCAGUAUACUCGCAUCUCUGGAUCAGGCCAGUAAUAGUCCUGUCAACUAAUAACUUUAUGACUCCACGUGAGCAAGUGUUUACAUAAAUUUAACAACAAAUAUUAAUUAUUUACACAUCGAUAUGCACGCAGAUAAAUAUUUUGAUCAUACAUUAGACAUCAAUCGGUUGUCAAUUAUCGAAAAUACCCAGGAAUUUGAACGUAACUUUGAAAUUGAUCAAAAUACACCGACGAUUGUUGACGGAAGAUUUUCUUGGAACAUGUCUUCGCCUCUGUCAACCUCGAGUCCAAGUGCCAAUGAUUGGGACCAUUUGUCAUCGACGACAAUAUUUGAAUAUCCACCUAGUAAUCGCGCCACUGCAUUAACUAUUGGAAUAAAUUCACCCGGUAGCACUGGAAGUGAAGUAAAUACUCCGACAUCCUGGACCGGGGGAUUUCCAGGAAGUGAUUACGGUGAGCAAUCCAAUGAUGAGACAAAUGACAACACUUGGGCAAGCCAACGAUUGCCGCCUGUCAGCACAGCGUUUUCAUUCUCACGUAAUUUUUCAAAUGGUAACAAUUUUUUUGAUGAACAUGAUCAGAUUCAGUACCAAGAUUUAAACGACUGUCAUGAGUAUCAAGACAGCAUGUAUGCUGAAGAAUUGCGUCUUGAAUUACCGAGCAUGCCCAUUGAAUCGGUAUCUUAUCUAGAAGACUCACAGGAUUUUAGUUGUCUUCAGGCUGUUGAUGAAUUUGACCUGAGUCUUAUUCGCGGAGAUCCAACGACACUUUUACCAAAUGACACUUCAGCUGGAGCUUUAUCGUCUUUUACAAAUGAUCGUAUUGAUAAUUCUGUUGCUACUUCGACAUUUGAUCGAUACCCUAUUGGUCACUUGAUGAAUAAUCAGAGUUUAAAUAAUAAUUUUAUGGGUUUUAAACCUCAGCAGGAACAAAAUAAUCAGGUUGUUGUCACACAGAAUGAAGGACUGAUGCUGGACAAACGCAACACUCAGACCAAAGGAAAUAAAAUUCAUAAAUGUCUUUGGAUUAAUUGCGGGUGUGUGUUUGAUAAUCUCGAUGGCUUGGUAAGGCAUAUAGUGAAACUUCAUAUUGAGUCUUCUGCUAAUAACGGCCACGGCGGAAGGAGAUCCCACAAAGAUAAAGAUAAAGAAGCGGGGUCAAAUUCUUCGAGCGAUGAAUUCGCAUGCAUGUGGCAGGAUUGUCCGAGAAUGCGCCCUUUUAACGCGAGAUAUAAACUACUCAUUCACAUGAGAGUCCACAGUGGGGAAAAACCCAACAAAUGUCCGUUCGCAGGAUGCAAGAAAGCUUUUUCCCGGCUGGAGAACCUUAAAAUUCAUCAGAGAUCCCACACUGGGGAACGGCCGUAUGCGUGUCCGCAUCGCGGAUGCACCAAAGCUUUUAGCAACAGCAGUGAUCGUGCUAAACAUCAGCGAACUCACUUUGAUACGAAACCUUACGCCUGCCAAGUAACUGGCUGCGGUAAAAGAUACACAGAUCCAUCAAGUCUUCGUAAGCAUGUGAAGAAUCAUACAGAGAUACCUGGGUCAGUAAAUAAUUCACAAUCACUGAGAAAUGUACCGAGCAAUCCGUCUAAAGUAAAUUGUCAAGAUGAGAUGAGUAUUGGUAGUAAGUGGUCUGGUCUUGAUGUCAUUGAUGAUGAACCAGAGUUCGUUCCUUUUGAAACCGUAGGAAGACUACUUGGAGAUGAAGAAAAUUGCAUUGCUCUAGAUAGUAUAGCUUACGAUAACGGUAUCGCUGAAUGUCAAGAUUUGAAUCCAGAAAUUGAGCAACAGUUUUUAGAUCUCAGUAACUUUGAUGAAACUGAAUUUAUUGACGGAUAAUAAUCAUUGAUUAAUUAUCAAGUAUUUUUAAUGACCUCAUA